AUGUGGAUUUUUGGCUACGGAUCUCUGGUAUGGAAAGUCGAUUUCACCUACGAGUUGAAAGUUGUAGGUUAUAUUACUGGUUACCUCAGAAGAUUCUAUCAGCACAGCAUAGAUCACCGAGGAGUGCCCGAAAAACCUGGUCGUGUUGUGACAUUGAUUCCAAGUGAUGACACAACAAGUAAAGUAUGGGGUGUUGCUUACAAGAUAGGUGAAAAUGAUAUAGACGAGGUUACAAAGCAUUUGGACUUCAGAGAAAAAAAUGGAUAUUCCAAAAAAACUGUAACAUUCCAUCCCGAUGACCAAACAAAAACACCAUUUAAUCUUACUAUUUAUAUAGCAACAGAGGAAAAUCAAUCAUUUGCUGGUCCAGCAUCUAUAGAAGAUAUAGCAAAGCAAGUUGUUAGUUGUCAGGGCCCUAGUGGCCCAAAUAAGGAGUAUGUUUACAACCUUGCCAAAGCAAUGAGACAGUUGGCGCCGCAUAUAAAUGAUGAACAUUUAUUUGCUUUAGAAGCUGCAUUAAAGAAAUUAGAUCCUGAUGAUUUGAAACACAGUUAA